AUGAAGCGCAAGUGGGACUGGGCUGACUCGCUGCGCCAAGCCGCGUCGAUCAAGGCAGCACCUGACGACUGGCCCUCACCGCCUUUCCAUAAGCCACCGCCCGCGCCGCUGUUGCCAACACAGACCCAUAUACCGUCCACCGUCUCGCUGGUUAUUAAGAGAUCAAGAUCGGCUUCUGACCGUGACUGCCACUUCCCUCACCCGCGUGCCUCCGUCCCCCCCUCGGCAUCCUUUCUUUAUGGGAUUCCUGGCGCGCCGCGUUCUUCCGUACUGAACUCCGGACCGCGAGGUCACCUGGGCGCGGAGAUCAAUGCCUCGCAAGGCGCAGCAACCGCAUCGGCCGUUGCUCCAGGGGACGAGCCUAACCGCAAAGGAGUCGCGGUGGCGGCGAACGGCACAGCCGACAACCAGGCUGGUGAAACGAAUAUGGGUGGUGGAGUGGAGGUGAAGCUGAAAGAAGGGACGAAAUCGGGAACGGCACGAGGCGGCAGACUCGGAGAGGGUACGGCAAUGGCCGGGAAGAGCGGGAUGGACGCUGCGACACUGGUGGUGCAAAUGGUGCUUGCUCAACUGAGCUUGAACCAGCAACGACUUCAAGCGACGCUAGCGACGAAAACUGCGACGGCAGCGACGGUGAUGGCGAAGGUGACGACGGCGACGACCCAUAGUGAUGUGGGCGAAAAUCGCAAAGAUUCCGCGAAAUGGUGCUGCGUCACCCCGCCACCUCAUAUUCCAGCCGCCGUUGCGGCCACUGCCAGUAAUGCAAGUGGUAGCGCCAACGCGCAAACGCCGCCGUCGAAUGCGGCCGGUAAAGCCGGCCCGAGAAGCAAGGUAGCAGCUCGCGGGGGUGUUGCAGGGGAUGGCGAGUCGGUGCCGGUGCAGCUACUACCGCCGCCUGUCGCGCUCCCUCCCCCUGCGCCUCAGGUGGAGGCCGUGGCGCAGAGUCGAGCCGCUCCCCUCGCUGCGCCUGGUUCUCGCGGCCCUGCUGUGAAUGCCGCACGCGGCUCGGGCCUUCGAAUGAAUGCUCGGUUCCCGCCGAAUCACACCGCUUCAAAAAGCUCUCCACCGCCUGCUUCCCCCAACGCUGCAUUUCCUCGUAAUGCGGCUACCAGUACCACCGUUACAGCUGCAGUUCCGUCCGCUCUCUCAACACGUCCCGUUCCCGAGUCCUCGACUCGCCAGUGCAAUGCAACAGCGGCGCCCGUAAAAAAUCUCGAACUACGCCCCACCGCUCCCACUAACGGCUCGCCCAAUAUCCGCGUGGGUAAUGGUUCCAGCGGCAAUGCUGCUACGAGAGGCGUCGGGGGUGCCGGCCCCGCCGGCAAGAGCAUGGUGCCCGUACCCGUGUCGCUGCUGAGCCGGGUGCAGGAGCAGGCGCAGCAGGGGGUAAAGCAGAAGCGCAGCGAAGUCAUCGGAGGAAGAGACGAGGAGGAAAGUAUGAGGGAGGAGGGAAAUGAGGGAGGGUCGAUCAAAAGGCGGCGAGAAGGUGACCAGGGAAUGAGGCUGGGAAUGGGGAUGGAAGUGGUGGAGGAGCAGAGUGGGAGCAGCAGUGCGCUGUCAUCCCUGGCUCUAGUGGUGGGAGAAAUGAGUGGUGAAAGUGGAAAGGGGGAGUGA